AUGUCAUCUCGUUCAAUUUCACCAUCGGAUAGUCCAACAACAUCAGGUAGUUCCGAAUUUGGUUCAGAUGAUGAUAGUAGCGUCACAGGGUAUCAUCAAAAUUAUCAGUUACAACAACCAUCACAAUAUACCAGAAUUCAUCUUAACUCAUCGUCAAUUGAUGCUUAUACAUAUUAUCGUGUUUCUCUAAAUCAACAAGCUAGUCAUAUUUAUGAAUGA